AAUACACACACACACACACACACACACACACACAAUCCCAGUAGGCAUUCCCAUCAAAGCUCCAUUCAGUCAAUCUGACCUUUUUAUUUGAGGUAGGUUUACUCACUAAGGCCCUCCCAAGCCAUUCAGCAGCAUGAUUAGCCACUGUUUACGCAGCAAAUGAGAUUUGGGUCAUGUAUGAAUGACUAUUUUCCAAAAUUACACCACCCCGUUGACACAUGAUAGCUCCCCAAGCGAGUCAGAGCUUUUCUUCCUUUCACUCACCCACACCGGUGGCCUGGAGAGAUGCAGUUGACACAAACACCUGCUCAAAAAUGUGUCUUAUAGGAGGUGUUAUGAUGCCAAUUUUAGGAUAAUGAUGAUCAAUGAAGUCAUCACCUGUUGAACAGCAAAUAAAGAAUUUUCUAAUUUUGGAAUGUAACUUUUAUUUCACUGAUAUUGAAAAUGUAAUUAAAAUAAAACAUUAUUUUUUUUUCCAUUUUGUCUUAGAAAUAUUUUUCCAAUAACAGGUCUUUGAAAAAGAGAUUUAUAUUUCGGUCAAUAGAGUCUAUUUUAUGUGGAAGUUGUUGAACAACUACGAGUGUUACUACUUCCCUGGUGUGUGAAAUUAUACACUUCAGUUGACUCCCUUUUCUUCUCAUUUUGCUCUUUGAUUGCACCAACAUCUGAAUGUCCCUUUUUUUUUUUUUUCUUAUGAGCAUCUUCAAGAUGUCUGACUGUGUGAGGUCACAGUGACAAUGGCAAAGCAAAACUAUGAAAAAGACUACCUGGAAGUUUAAGAGCCUGGAACUGUGUACCGCAUUGGGCAGCUGUACAUGAUCAGCAAACAUAGCCAUGAGCAGAGCGAUCGUGGGGAAGGUGUGGAGGUGGUUCAGAACGAACCCUAUGAAGACCCCACCCAUGGCCAGGGACAGUUCACAGAGAAACGUGUCUACCUCAACAGUAAACUUCCUAGCUGGGCUCGAGCAGUGGUUCCGAAAAUCUUCUACGUGACAGAGAAAGCGUGGAACUAUUACCCGUACACCAUCACAGACUGAACUCGAAACUGAACCAAGAAAAUGGAGACCUGUGAAGGACAAGCGUAUUCAAGAGUCAAACCGCAUGUUGAGUAUGAUAAAUUCGUACAUGUUGGCAGGUCUGCACAACAUUGAAAGUACUCCCUGCCUUUCACGCCUCCCCUGACAGUUCCCCCCCGAGCCCCCAGGGGCACUGCGUUGACAACACUGCAUUAGACACACUUCCAUUUGCAAGCAAUAGCCAAAAACAAGCUUAACCCCUCGGCUGCAAACAGAUACACAGCCGUCAAACAGAAGGACAGUCUUACUCAAGGUGCAAACUAAAAAAUAAACAGCAUGUCACGUAACAGGUAAGUUAACACGCAACAACAAUGAACUACCAUUUUAUGUGGUUAAAGACUAAACGCUAACAACAAGCACAUAACUUUAACCCUUAUUUUCAAAGUGGCCACAAGGCAUGCUGGGUACUCCAGUGGAACUCCCCUUGACCGUCGACUGAUGUAUGUGUGCAAGUUAUUAUGAGAUAUCAGAUGCACAACGAUGUAUACAUUACAUCUACUUACAUGGAACAGGAAACAUGAUGAAUGCUUUUUUUUAUUGCCCCUGCGUGUUAUAAGGUGCAUGUACUUAAGUGCGUCCAUCACUGCAUUGAAAUGAAGUGAAUCCCCUAAGUCAAUAACUUCUUGUUCCCUUGUUAAAUAAGAUUUAAAACACGACCCUACAAAACGCUGUCUUUUAGGGGCAGUGUGAAGGAGGAGACACAUUUAUGUUGUCUUCAUUCAUCAAAUUAUUGAAUCACAUAGUCACAAGUUAAAUUGUUCUCUAUUAUGCCUUUAUACCUUAUAAUAAAUAAACAUGUCUUUUAAUGACAACAUUUGCAAGAAUGUUCCUACUAACCGCAGGAACAAAUAAACUAGGAUUGUCCAGACUUUUUCUACCGAGGGCGGCAUACUGAAAAAUGAAAAAAAAAAAAAACAAAAAACUUUUUCUCACUUUUAUGCUUUUUAAAAAUAAAAAAAAAUAAUACAGGUAAAUAAUAAAUACAUUUUAAAAUAUUGCACAAUUUUUUUUCUUGUAAUAUCAUGACUUUAUUCUCAUAAUAUUUUGACUAUUAUUGUUCUAACUUUUUACCAAGGUAAUUUUCCAAAAAUUGCAACUUUAUUCUUUGUUUUGAGUUUUUUUCUUUCAUUUUUCAACUUCGAUAUGUUUUCUCAUUAUGUUAUGACUUUCUUCUCCUAAUAUUUAUCUUUAUUCUCAUAAAAAUUACUACUCCAUUUUUUCUGUUGUGUUUUUUUUAUUUUUAUUUUCUUGGUUAAACGUAUUUUACAAUGUAAAAUUUACAAUAAUUUACAAUAAAAAAUGUAAAUAAAAAAACAGCCGCUGCCCGUAAAUGACCCCCGGGCCACACAUUUGACACCCCUGAAAUAAACUAUUGGAUGGAAACAUAACCCCCUUGGUAAAGCUAUUAAGAAUAUUAAUAAAUCAAAGUAUUGUGAUGACACUUGUGCUCAUUAUGUGUUGUGUUCAUGUAUUUGUUGCCUUAAAAUAUGGGGUUGGGGGAGCUGAAAGGGGUGGCGGACAGGAAGUGACAUUCAUUAGUGCAGAGAUCAGUGUCUUUCGUCUCCAAGUCUUUGACUGAGAUUAGUUUUCACGAGGGUUGCGGCCGCAACAGUAGCCCGUGUUAGGAAUGAUUGUGCCUGUUGUGAGAAUUUCAAUACUGCAACAAAAGCCUUUUAUUUUGGCGAUCCAGUCUGGUGCUCUGUGCACAGCUUCACUUAAAGCUAAUCUCAUUGAUCAAGACUUGGAGAUCAAAAUCCACAAUAACAACGUCACUUUCUGUCCGCCACCCCUUUCAGCUCCCCCCACCCUGGAACACAUAUUUUACGACAACACAUGCAUGAACAGUACAUCAUGGGCCUAAGGGUCAUUAUAGUAUUAGGAGCCAUUCAUUUAAUCAGGUGACAUUAUGGCAAGGAUAUUUGAUGCCUCGUUGAGGAAAAGGCUGUGUAUAACACUCCAUUCCGCACACUGUGCUGACAUUUAACAACUAGAUUCAUGUCUGAUGGUGACUCAGUGAUCACACUGUGGCUUGUGCUUGUGCAGCGUGUUCAUCACUUGGUUGCAGUUUGCCAGGAGAGAGAAAAAAUAAACAUGAACAUGUUACUGACACGUGUAUUUGUACAUGUUAUUGAAUAAAUGUAAAGUGAUAACAAUUGAGUGCCUGAUUUUCUGUUUUUGUUGUGCGUUUCUGGACGUGGGCUGAUGUGUAUCCACCACGCCAUAGAAUAUACUUGCUCCUUCCUUCCCAAGUUCUCCAUUCACAUAGAGACCAAAUACGAGGACAACAAAGGCUGCAAUGAUAAUAUUUUUGACUCGGAGCUGAAGGACCAGGAGAGGGAGGUGUGUUUUGUUGACAUUGCCUAUGACGACAUCCCUGACCGCUAUUAUAAAGAGUCUGAGGACUUGCGGUACUUCAAGUCAGAGAAGACAGCUCGAGGCGUGCUUCAGGAGGGAUGGAGGGACACGCAGCAUCCUAUCAUGUGCUCAUACAAACUGGUCACGGUCAAGUUUGAGGUGUGGGGCCUGCAGACGCGUGUGGAGCAGUUUGUACACAAGGUGAUUCGGGAUGUGUUGCUGCUUGGACACAGGCAGGCUUUUGCUUGGGUGGACGAAUGGAUUGACAUGACAAUGGAUGAGGUGAGAGAAUUUGAGCGGACAAUCCAGGAGGCCACCAACCAGAAGAUCGGAAUGUUCCCUCCGUCCAUCUCAAUCAGCGAGACACCCCUGUCCUCCUGCGCCCUCACCGGCCCCGCCAGCGCCCCGUCCACUCCUAUGUGCACAGAUGCACCCGAUUCCCUCUCUGUCCCCAAGGACCGUCCCCGUAAGAAGUCUGCUCCGGAAACCCUAACUCUACCCGAUCCGCCUCCGAGUGAUGCACUGCAGGGAUCUACUCCAAGCCCACUACCUUCUUCAAAUCACCUCCAGUCCUCCACGUCGCCUUCCUCCAAUUCUGAUCUUGUUGAAAUGGGAGAACACUAGAUGGACCUUAGAAUGUCUUCCCCCACACUUCCCAUUGAGUUAAGUCUAACCUCCAAAGAUUGGUGUCCAAAUGUUGACACGGUCUUUUGUCUUUUCUAGCAGGAGAUUGUCGCACCCUAGACCGCAUCCUAGACCGCAUCCUACACCCAUCUAGUUUUUUUUUCUUUGCAUUUUUGAAAACUUUAAUGAUUCUCAUUCAUACAGAGCUGCUGAUGCGCUACUUUUCAUGCCAGGCCAGUACCAUGCAUUGCUUGCCCUCCCAGUCUUAUCCAAAAACUUAUUUGUAAUACUUUGUAAUACUACUUAUUUGUAAUAGCAUUUACACUAUUUAAAUUGCCAGUAUGUGUUAUGGAGGAAUGUCUCUCUACUGAUCACAGUAAGUUAAUGGAAGACUGGUUACCAAGCGCACAGUGACGUGUGGUGAGGUUGAUGGCUGGUGAGACACUGACUCCUUUGGAGUGUUUUACAAUACGUUAAUACAGGUUGCUUAUCAAGAGGAUAACAAAGAAAAAGAAGAGAAUAAGGUACUUUUGUGAACCUUUUUGUCCUAAAAAAACAUUCCAUUUAUUUAUUUGAUUUUAUAAACUGAAAAACGUUUGUGGUUUUACCUUGUAUCUGUAAAUGAAGUACAUGCACCCUAUCCUUCUCCAAGCUUUGAUACUUUGUUAUAAAAGUCUGGUCACCUUCUGUUGAACUCGGUUUUAUAAUCCUGCAUCUUGACAGUCCAAUUCAUUCAUUCAUUCAUUCAUUCAGCAGAGCAUAAAAUAUCUUUUUAAUGCAUUUGACAUGCUCCUCUCCAGCUGGUGAAAAAAAAAACCUGAGCUGACAUUUUCCUCUCUAUUGAAGGACGGCAAUGACAAGCACCUUCCAGCUCACACGCACCCCCACCUUUAUCACAGAAAGGCGGAGUGCUGCAGCGUCUCCCAUGUGGCAUUUCGCUGUAUUUUAUUGUCCGAUUAGCAAGAAUAAUGAAUACAUUACACAGGCUGUAGAAAGUCAUGGUGUAUAAUAAAUAUGUCUGAUAAACAGAAACGGGCAAGCAGAGGAGAGAGUUGCCACAGCCUCAUCUCAGCUUUCUACCCUGUAUUUGAUCAGAAAAUGAGCAAAUUCUGCAAUUUUUAGUUAAGACAAUUAACCAAAAUGGAAGGAAUCACAUAGA